AUGUCUUCUUCUUCUACUUCACAGAAUCCAGGGGCCGAUUCUCAGACGUCUCCAGAGUUUGUCCAUCCAUCAGAAGCUAGCCAAGCAUCACAGAGUACCGGCAAUAUCAGUACGACAAAUCCUCGAAGAGUUCCUGCAUCUGCUCAUCCUAUCAAUCCUUUGAAGAGACAACUUUCUGAAAACAUGGAGGCUCUUAUUGCACAAGCUAAGGCUUCGAAGACAACGGCAGGGAGCACUGCUGCACAGGCUGCACAGUCGGAAACUAUAUACGUCAAGUUGGAGAGGGAGUUGACAUGCAGCAUUUGCUGUGAACUAUUCAAAGAUCCGAUCACAUUAUUAAACUGUCUGCACAACUUCUGUGGUUCCUGUAUUGUCCCGUGGGGCCGUAAUAAUUCUUCUUGUCCUUCUUGUAGAGCCGAAAUCAAAGGAUGUCGAGACGCCUUCGCUCUGAAACCCUUAAUCGAUAUGCUGGUCAAGGAAAAGCCGGAACUGAGCUUCUCGAAAGAGGAUAUGGAUGGAUUUCAGAACAUCUAUAAGCCGGGACAGGAUGUUUCUUUUGGCAACGGUGGAUAUUCGGACUCAGAUGAUGAAGACAACGAAGAUAAUGAAGACGAUGACGACGAUGACGAGGAAGAAGAAGAAGAGGACGAUGAAGUCAGAUAUCCUCAAACCUGGCGACCUUGUCCAUGUUGCCCACAGCAAGAAAACCCGGACCAGCUAUAUGUUUGCAUCAAUCCGAUUGUCGACGGCGACCGUACGCCUGACUGGCAACACGAAUUCAAAGGUCACAAGAAGUGUGCCUGUUGUCGUGAUGAGGUUCCAUUCUAUACAGAGGAAGUUGCUCUGAAGCCGUCGUAUUGUGCGUGCUGCGGUAUUGUGUACUGCGCAGGUAUAAGAGGAGCAUGUGCCCUUACUCCGAAUUCCACAUUCCUCCACAGUAUCACAGGUGCCCCACUCUAUGUGGACAGUCCACAACCUGGUUACGAAACAUUAGGAACCCCGAGUCUUUGGAAUUUGUUCAAUAACAACGCUUUUGAACAAGAUUCGCUGAAGCGGUGGGUGGAAUCUGAUGCCAAUAAUCAUACAUGGCAAUCACUGGGAGACGAACUGCGCAAUUGGUUGUUCCAGGAAAACCCUUCGGGCAUCGAAGGCCCAUAUGUAGUUCCGAUCAAGCCCGAUUCUUAUGUCUGCAAAAACUGUCUUCCGGGUAUGUUCGAUAAAUACCUCGCAGGUUUCUUGAUUUCGGAGCGGGAGCGCCUUGGAUGGACGGAUCUUCGGCCAAGGUGCUGGUAUGGAAAGAAUUGUAGGACACAGAGGCACAAUCCAGACCACUGUGCUCGUUUGAGCCAUAUCUGGGAUGAGGUUCCUUUGGAAGAGAGGCGUGAAAUUCGUCGAGAACGUCCACCACGUCCACCACCAGUAACCCAUACUGGCGGUGUUAGAGAUAAUGCCCCUAAUUCCCAGACCGGAAACCCCCAACCAGUAGAUUCCGAAUCUACCAAUACCCAGCCUGCGGAAACCCAGGGUCAACUGUCUACAGCAGCAGCACCGCCAUUAUUCCGAUCCCCUACGAACAUCUUCCCUCCCUCGAGCCCCGGAGCGCCAUCUAUGAACGAAAUAUUUGGCGUCCCCUACCCUUCUAACAACGUCUUUUCCGACGAUGAUGGAAAUCCGCCCCAGGGGCCAAUUGCUCCGAGUCAAGAUGAUCCUGCUGAUCCGGGGCCUUCUAAUUGA